AUGAAGGAUACCGAUCAGCAGCUACGCCCACAAACCUCGUGGAGGCUUCAAAAUGGCCAAAUGCACUUCCAAAACUUCUUCUUCUAUUUGCUUAUCUUUGGCUGUGGUUUAGCCUUAGGUAUCGCCCAUACUUCCUAUAUCAGAGACAUUUCUUUCAGCUUUCGACUCAACCAGUUAUCUAAUAAUCCAAGCAACACCUCCCUAGCGAACUCCUCAAUAUCUUCUCCAUCAUCUUCACCCUUCGUUGCUAUCAACGAAAACAAAACCGGCCGAAUCGGACUUAAAGAAUUUCUGAGAGUGCCAAACGUUUCUCAUGAUAUGAAUGAGGAAGAAUUAUUAUGGAGAGCAUCAAUGGUUCCUCGUCUACGCAAUCAUCCCUUCCAACUUGUCCCCAAAGUUGCUUUCUUGUUUUUGACAAGAGGGCCUUUGCCUUUGGCUCCCUUGUGGGAGUUGUUCUUUAAAGGGCAUCAAGGGUUAUUCUCAAUCUAUGUGCAUUCCAAUCCAUCCUUAAAUGGAAUUUAUACAGAAGAGAAAACUUCUGUGUUUUAUGGCAGGAGGAUUCCAAGUAAGGAGGUACAGUGGGGAAAGAUUUCAAUGUUAGAAGCAGAGCGACGUUUAUUGGCUAAUGCACUACUGGACUUCUCAAACCAACGUUUUGUUCUCCUAUCAGAAUCAUGCAUUCCCUUAUUCAACUUCUCUACCAUCUACAGUUACUUAAUGGGCUCAACAACAACAUUCAUUGAGGUUUAUGAUUUACCCGGCCCGGUUGGCCGCGGCCGAUACAACCCGAAAAUGAGGCCUGUAAUUCGGCUCGAUAAAUGGCGAAAAGGCUCGCAAUGGGUCGAGAUGGACCGUCGGCUUGCGGUGGAGGUAGUAUCCGACCGAAGCUAUUUUCCAGUUUUUCAGAAAUUUUGCAAAGGUUCAUGCUAUAGCGAUGAGCACUAUUUGCCAACAUUUGUUAACAUGAAAUUUUGGAAGAAAAAUUCAAACAGAACUUUAACAUGGGUCGACUGGUCCAAUGGGGGGCCUCAUCCACAUAAAUUUGGGAGACUAGAUAUCACUAUUGAUUUUUUGGAGAGGUUGAGAAAUUGGAGCAAAUGUGAGUACAAUGGAAGAAGGACUAAUAUUUGCUACUUGUUUGCAAGAAAGUUCACUCCUGCUGCUUUGGAUAGGUUAUUGAGAUUUGCUCCAAAGGUCAUGAAAUUUUAG